AUGGAACGUCAUCAUAUACAGGAAGCGUUUACAGUUUUAAAACCACUUUGUGAUUGUUUAGUGAAAAAUCCGAAUGUAAAUACUGCACGUAAUGUUGCUAAUGGUUUGUCCAGAAUUUCAGACAAAGUUAUUCAAGAUUUAUUGGAAUAUAUCUUAUUUCCAUUAAUUACUCAUUUGCCAAAUGAAACGUUGAGGAAAGAUGUUAAAGAAGAAUUAGUAAAGACAACAGAAACAAUACUAUUAAGAGCAAAGAUAUCAAAAGUGGAAUAUUUUAAUAAAUUGUAUGCAUGCCUUUUAAUACAAAUUUAUGACCAAACACAGCAAAAUAUGGUGAUCACGGGUCAUGAAGAACUGAAAGAAGCAGUACUUUCUUGUAUCAAAACUUUGAUACAUUCUUGUUUCACAGAAGUUACAGAAUCGUUAUAUGUAAGAGAAAAUGCCUCAAAGAUAGGUCAAGGAAUAUUAUUAUCUAUAACAAUUGGAAGAACUGAAAAGUCACGCUCACUUAGAUUGAAAGCCGUAGAAACAGUAAUGGCUCUAUGUCAAGUUGAUGAUAAAAGAGAUAGGUCUGACAUUAUACUGCAAGAUCAGAUAGCAGAUGUUAUUAUGUUAUUUCUACCUGGUAUUGUUAGUGGAUUACAAGAGAUAGCUAUGGGAAGUGAGAUACAAGGACAUAAACUUACAAUGGUAGCAUUAAGAGCCUGGGGUAGAGUAAUAUCUCUUGUGAUGAAAGAUAAAUUCGAAGAAAAUGAUACGCCAUUAUUAGAUGUUCUUACUAAAGUAAAUACUGCCCCUAAUAUCAAUCUCUCAGUUAGUUCACCGCACAUAACAGAUCGUAAUGAACUAGAAAAACAUCUUAAAAGUGCAACAAGAACCAAAGAAUGGUUCAAUGCUAGUGCAACAAAGCUUAAUAUACUCGUGCAACAGUUGGAUGUAUUAAUGAGACAUUCCCAUUAUAAAGUUAGGAAGGAAUUGGUUGAAACUAUUCAGUUACUGCUCACAACAUGCCCUAGGAACAUGAAACCAAAUGUUAUGUUAUUAAUAGAAUAUCUAAUAACUCUAUCUGAAGAUGCAUUUACAGAAGUUCGGGACGAUGCAGAAAAAACUUUAAAUGUAAUUAACAUAAACUACAUGCAAAACAGGAAUAUGAGGCCUUUGGUGGAAUUAUUAGAAGAAAACUUUUAUAAUUUACUUACGAAAUUACCUAGAAUUAUUAGGAGGUCUGAUGAUAGUGACCAAUUAUCCUGUUUAAAUCAAAUUGCUGGUUAUAUAAAACUUCUUGGAGAACAGAGAUUACCUCGUGUUAUGAUGUCUGCGCCACAUAUUCGAAGGUUGUUAUUAGCUCUUGUGUAUGUGUCUGAAAUAGAUCAUAGUAAUAUUUCUCUUCUGCAAGCUGUAAACGUUAAGGAUCUUGAAGAUCCAGCUUAUUCGUAUGGGACACACUUAUGGAGACGAUUUAAGUUUAUUCAGAAUAGGUCUUGUGAAGACAAAGUUAUAGUAAUAUGUAAAUACCUUGCGGAAUUUGGAGACCUCCGAAUUUUCGUGGACACCAUACUUGAUCUCAUACUCGAAGUUCCACAACAUAAAAAAGAAUUAUUUCUAUUACUAAACUGGAUACUAAAUGUUCCACUUAAAGAUUCCUCGUAUUUGUCAAUUUAUAAAGAUGUUAUCGAGUUUUAUAUAAAUACAGAACAUUGGUAUCCACCUAUCGACAGUACCAAUGAUAUAUCUUUAGGUAUUGCUCAAAGCAAUGUUGUGCAGUGUUGUUUAUUAUUAGAAGGAUUGGGAUUAAUUGCAAAAAAUUUGAAAGAAGAUUAUGAUAGAUUUCUUCUUAAAACAUUGUAUCUAAUUAUAGAAGCAGCAGGUAGUGGACACAGCUUAAUCAGUUUUGUUGGAACGCAAACGCUUGAGCUUAUUGCAGAGUCUCAACAUCACAGUACGGUGGGUGAUCUCCUACGUGCAAAUGUUGACUACUUUUCAUACCAUGUAACAGUAAAAUUGCGUCGGGUGGAACGCAAUCCUGGUGUACUCGAUGUUAUAGGAGUUGUUAUGAAGUAUAGCACAAUGGACGUAUUACCUUGUUUAAAGGAAAUUGUGGAAGAUGCUCUACUGCAACUAAAUAAUAGUUUUCAAAAGAAGAACUCAUAUGCCUUUCUGAAAGUUUUUUUCACAUUUUCAAUGUGUCUAAAGAAAUUGCUCCAUCCUCAGCAUCUGCCACUAACACAGAAACAAUGUGUAAAUGCUAAAAGUAAAUCUUCAAAAAUUAUUCAUUCUUUAUUGGAGUAUUAUGAGGCAAAAAAGAUUGACAAAGAAAUAGAGGAACCGACUAGUGACAUUAACUUAGAAGAAGAAGUGAGACUGGAAGAUAUAGAAGAUGAAAAUGCAGAACAAGUAAAUUUCGCAGAGCCAGAAGAAGAAAAACGCAAUAUACCAUCUUAUAUAAAAAUGAUCGAAGAUAUUAUGAAACACUGUGUACACUUUCUACCGUCUAAGGAAAUAGAAAAAUCAUUACUCGCAAUGUCUACAUUACAAGAAGGUCUCGAAAUUUUAGCAGAAUGGGAAAAUCAAUUAUUACCUAUUGUACAUUUGCUUUGGCACCCGCUAGUAGACCGAUUUCACGAUGCAAAUGUGUUAAUAAUUAAUCGAGCGUGGCAACUAUUAAAUCUUCUCGGUCGCGUCUCGAAAGAUUUUAUCAGAUCGAGAACUCUCAAGCAAGUGUUACCAGCACUUUCAAAGUUUUUAAAUACUUCUGCAAAAGAAAGUUAUAAUAAGAGUUCUGAAAAUGUUUAUAAAUUUACGCAAACUUAUAAAUUACAAAAAGAAUUACUUUCAACAUUCGGUGAAACGGUGAAAAAUUUAAAUCUUCUUGAAAGGGAGACAUGGAAUAUUCUAAGUAUUGCAGAGCCUUACCUCAGUAAACACCAACAUCCUACAUUACAGUCGUGCUGCAUACAAUUAUAUAAGGAAAUUGCUGAUUAUAAUUCAGAUAUUGUAUGGGUGGAGUGUCUCAGUAUUUUUAACACUAAAAUAUCAAAAAUUGCUGCGGAUGCAACUUUCGAUAUGAAAGAUUUAUCGAUAACGAAAAAUAUUUCAACAGACGAGUAUUAUAAAAAUAUUCAAAUUAUUCUAAAAUAUAUACAAGAUAAUGAUUUAUACUUGGAAAGCUAA